GAUGACGUAACAGGAAGUAAGUCACACCCUCUAGUAGGAAAAUGUCGACGUCUCAAGCGAGACAAACGUUUCUAAAGCCGACGGUUCCGUUCAGCUGGACCAUCCAAGGAGGACUCAUUCCUGGUGAGAUGGUUUUGAUCCAGGGCUCGGUUCCCUCAGGUGCAGACAGGUUCCAGGUGGACCUGACGUGCGGGAGCAGCGUGGCGCCGAGGGCUGACGUGAUCUUCCACUUUAACCCGAGGCUGAAGAAGGGAUGCGUGGUAUCCAAUACGCUGCACCAGGAGCGCUGGGGGAACGAAGAGAUCCUUCGCCUCAUGCCCUUCAAGGCCGGCGCCUCAUUCGAGCUGGUGCUGCUCGCCCUGCAAGACCGCUUCAAGGUGGCGGUAAACGGAGCGCACGUGUUGGACUAUAAACAUCGCCUGGGCCUGGAGCUCGUGGACACACUGGCCAUUUCCGGAAAGGUCAAUGUUGAUGCCGUGGCCAUCCUCCCGCACUCUUCAUCGCUCUUAUCUGAAGACGCCCCGACCAAUCAACACGCAGCACUUAGCUCAAUGGUCGCUAUAUCAGCUGACCCGGGUAUUCCAUUUAGUGGGGAGAUGGUAGGUGGUCUUAGUGUGGGCCGCAGCAUCACCAUCAGAGGCCAAACCAAUCAGAAGGCAGAGAGUUUUGCUGUUAACCUGGGUGUGCACAACAGCAGCGACAUCGCGCUGCACAUCAACCCUCGUCUUAAACAGGAAGUGUUUGUCCGAAACUCCUUCUUGUCUGGUUGCUGGGGCGACGAGGAACGCCACCUUUCCUCUUUCCCGUUUCAACCAGGACAGUACUUUGAGCUCAUCAUCCUAUGCAACGCACAGCAGUUCCUUCUGGCCGUUAAUGGCGUCCAUCAAACUGCUUAUAAGCACCGAGUCCAGGACCUGCGACGCAUCACACAACUGGAAGUAACGGGAGAUGUUUCAGUGAUGGAUGCCAAGCUCAUGUGACAUGUAACAUGCUAACAGCCUGCAUGCUAACUUGCUAAUUGCUUUUAAAUUUGUUGGAAGAAAAACACGACUGCAGUUUAAGACAUAAAUACAUUUUAUUAGAAAACCUAUUUACAAUAAAAGACACAAUCCAGCAGCUGCUGAGGAAUGGGUGUGGUCAGAAGUCGGCAUCCAGCGUGAAGGUGUUGUCAUUGGUGGUGGCCAUGACGCCCAUCCUCUGGUACUCGCCCACACGCUUCUCGAAGAAGUUGGUCUUUCCUUCCAGAGAGAUGUUCUCCAUGAAGUCAAAGGGGUUCUCCACACGGUACAUCUAGACAUAAACAGUCGGUGAGUAUGAUGAAGAACAUCAAAAAGUAGGGGGCGAUGCCUGGGCGAGCGUUCAGACAGGCGUCUGUUUCGUGUCGCCGCUCGUCCUCCAGUGGACCACGUGUCCUCUGGUGGAGCGUGGGCGGUGACACUCAGCCCCCAUGAGCGGCUGAGGUCCGUACCCCUGCGCCUCUCAUCAUCACGCAGCCACGCUCCGCCCCCACCGUGUGUCAGCAAAGGUCACCUUGUCGAAGCCGAGCUCCAUCAUCAGCCUGUCAGCGACAAACUCAAUGUAACGCUUCAUCAGAUCGCAGUUCAUCCCGAUGAGCUUGACGGGCAGCGCCUGAGUCAGGAACUCCUGAACACAAAGAGCGGGCGUCAGAUGGGCGGCGACAAGGCCGGGCAACGAGGCGGUGGACGCACUCACCUGUUCGAUCUUCACAGCGUUUUUGAUGAUGGCGGUGACGGUGUGGACGGAAGGCUUGUUGAUCAGGUGCUUGAACAUCAGACAAGCAAAGUCGCAGUGGAGACCCUGAAACACACCAUCAGUCAGCGUGUGCCGUCAGCGCACUAGGAUGACUUGGGGGACGAUCGACGCCUCACCUCGUCUCUGCUGAUGAGCUCAUUGGAGAAGGUCAGGCCAGGCAUCAGGCCGCGUUUCUUCAACCAGAAGAUGGCGGCGAAGGAGCCAGAGAAGAAGAUCCCCUCCACAGCAGCAAAGGCCACCACGCGCUCACCUGGAGAUAGGACAGAUGAUGAGUCAGGGACAAUUCAGAGGCAAGGAUGGCAACCACACGGCACCCACUCUCACCAUAGGUGGCGUCCUUGUUGCCGAUCCAGUUGAGCGCCCAGUCAGCCUUCUUCUUGACACACGGCAUGGUCUCGAUGGCAUUGAAGAGGUACUCUCUGUGGAGAUCAAACACGUUCAGACCACGCUGUGGAACGUGCAGCGAUGCAAGGAUCCCACCUUUCUUUGGGGUCUUUGAUGUAGGUGUCGAUGAGAAGACUGUACAUCUCAGAGUGGAUGUUCUCCAUGGCGAUCUGGAAACCGUAGAAACAACGUGCCUCCGUCACCUGCACUUCCUGCGUGAAGCGCUCCACCUGGUGGAUAUGCACACAUCAGAGGGAUGCUCGCCACGCAGUGGAAAAGCUGCACACCUGGCGUACACAUGAUGGGACUCACCAGGUUCUCAUUGACGAUGCCAUCGCUGGCGGCGAAGAAGGCCAACACGUGAGAGAUGAAGAACUUCUCGUCUUCCUUCAGAGUCUCCCAGUGCUGCAGGUCCUUGGACAGGUCCACCUGCACAAAGGACAUCCCGUCAUGCAACACAUACAUAGAGUAUCUAUGUAUCACACACACAAGCACGGCAGGCGUCCAUCUUUACCUCUUCUGCGGUCCAGAAAGACGCCUCGGCCUUCUUGUACAUGCGCCAGAUGUCCUGGUACUGGAUGGGGAAGAUGACAAAACGGCGGGGAUUGUCCUUGAGUAGAGGCUCCACCUCAUCACCACCGCUCUUAACGCCUUUGCUCUGAAGGACAGCAAGACAAACACCAUAAUGCCACCACCAUCUUCAUCUCACUGACCUCAAGUGUCUAAGUUCCAAUGUAUUAAUAUGGAAAGGGAGGCCAUGUCAAGUAAGCAUGUUAGCUAGCGUUAUGCUAACAAAGGCUCUAGCUUCAAGCAGCUGUGCGCGCCAACACACAAUAGAACAGCUGUUGCGCGGUUUCACGCGUUGGCGCCACAGGUAGUUUUUUGCGCCAGUGAAGCAUUCAAACAUUCGAAACUUUAUCAAAACUCGAAGUCAGCUUUGAGCUUACUUACCGGUGUGUCGGAGAAGAUUUUACGCGCGGU